AUGGCUAGCCGUCGCUCUCAAGAAAAAUCCUAUGCAGAGGCGGCUGCCGCACCGCCGCCAAAGGAAUCAGCCAGUUCUGACGUUACCCCUGCAGUUCCUGCAGAUGUCAUCUACAAGCUGCUGGGAUUCACGGCCGCCAUGGUUGUUGGUCCUAUCGGCAUGUACUUUGUCACAGUAAACUCCGGUGCGAGUUCAACUGUGGCUGGUAUUACCGCCGCCAUCACUGCGAAUCUGGUCUUAUUCGGUUAUAUCUACGUGGCGUGGCUGGAUGAUCGAGAAGAGAGAGAAGCAGCAUCAAAGAAGAAAGAGAAAAAGGCCCAGUAG